GGGCCGGAACCCGCGAGUCGGGGCUCCCCAGCCACACCCCUCGCGGGAUUUAAAGGGGCAGGAGGGGCCGGGUCGGGUCGAAGCCCGAACCUAGGGAGCGGGCAUGAGGCGCUGCCCGUGCCGGGGGAGCCUGAGCGAGGCAGAGGCCGGGGCGCUGCCGGGAGCGGCCCGCAUGGGGCUGGAGGCGCCGCGAGGGGGGCGGCGGCGGCAGCCGGGGCAGCAGCGACCUGGGCCCGGCGCAGGGGGCCCGCCGGGGCGGCCGGACGGGGGCGGGCCCCGGGCCCGGACCGAGGCGUCCAGCCUCCACAACGAGCGCGAGAGGGUCGGCCUCGGGCCUGAGCCGGGGACAGACGGACAGGUUGAGCCUGAAGCAGCUGGCCUCGGAGCGGAGACAGAGCGGCCCGGCCAAAAGACGGAGCCAGACAUAUUCAGCCUCCGGACAGGUCCAGAGAGGAGCAGCCACUGGUCAGAGCUGGAGACAGCCGGUCCCUGGACGGAAACUGGGACGGAUGGCUUUUGGACUGGGCCACACAGGUCUGACCUCCAGUCUCAGCCAGAGAGGGCCAACCUCCGGACGCAGCCCGGAGUUGAUGGGCCCCGGACAGAGGGAGAAAUACAUGGGUCACAGACCCAAGCAGAGAGGGCCACGACCUGGGCUGAUAACCUCUGGACCCAUAAGAACAGGUCCAGCCUCCGGACUCAGCCAGAGGGGGCCGGUCCCUCAACAGAGCCAAGUGCUGAUGGCUCCCAGAUACAACAGGAUGCGAAAACAGCCUGGGAACAGGUUGGCACUGAUGGUUUCCCAACACGGCAAGAUACUGUUGGCUCCUGGACACGGCCUGGCACUGAUGGUCCCCAGACACAAGAUACUCACGGACCCCAGACAGAACCUGGGACAGACUGUUUUUUGGGGGAGUCCCAGCAGGAUGGCCAGUUAGAGGAACCAGAACCUGGGGAGUUGGGGACUCACCUAUACUCUCACCUGGAGUGUAGCUCCCUGACCCCUGUGCCCCGCCUCAUCAUCACUCCUGAAACACCUGAGCCUGAGGCUCAGCCAAUGGAGAUGGGACCUCCCUCGCGGGCUGAGGGGGGCAGUGGUGGCUUCUCCUCUGCCUCCUCUUUCGACGAGUCUGAGGAUGAUGUGGUGGCCGGGGGCGGAGGUGCCAGCGACCCCGAGGACAGGUCUGGGAACAAACCGUGGAAGAAGCUGAAGACGGUUCUGAAAUAUUCGCCCUUUGUGGUCUCCUUCCGAAAACACUACCCUUGGGUCCAGCUGUCGGGACACGCUGGGAACUUCCAGGCAGGAGAGGAUGGUCGCAUCCUAAAGCGCUUCUGUCAGUGUGAGCAGCACAGCCUGGAGCAGCUGAUGAGUGACCCCCUACGGCCUUUCGUGCCCACCUACUAUGGCAUGGUGCAGCGGGAUGGCCAGGCCUUCAACCAGAUGGAAGAUCUCCUGGCGGAUUUCGAGGGCCCCUCCAUCAUGGACUGCAAGAUGGGCAGCAGGACCUACCUGGAGGAGGAGCUAGUGAAGGCCCGAGAAAGGCCCCGGCCCCGGAAGGACAUGUAUGAGAAGAUGGUGGCUGUGGACCCCAGGGCCCCCACCCCUGAGGAACAUGCUCAGGGUGCUGUCACCAAGCCCCGCUACAUGCAGUGGAGGGAGACUGUGAGCUCAACCUCCACCCUGGGCUUCCGGAUUGAGGGCAUCAAGAAGGCCAGUGGGACCUGCAACACCAAUUUCAAGAAGACCCAGGAGCUGGAGCAGGUGACAAAGGUGUUGGAGGACUUUGUGGACGGGAACCGUGGAAUCCUGAGAAAGUACGUGGCUCGCCUGGAAGAACUCCGAGAGGCUCUGGAGAACUCCCCCUUCUUCAAGACCCACGAGGUGGUGGGCAGCUCCCUCCUCUUCGUGCAUGACCACACUGGCCUGGCCAGGGUCUGGAUGAUUGACUUCGGCAAGACAGUGGCCCUGCCCGACCACCAGACGCUCAGCCACCGGCUGCCCUGGGCCGAGGGCAACCGCGAGGAUGGGUACCUCUGGGGUCUGGACAACCUGAUCCACCUCCUUCAGGGGCUGGCCCAGGGUUGACCCCCUUGCCCACUGCCAGGUUUAUUUAUUGGAUGGUGCCUGUCUGGCUGGCGGUGCCCCGAGAUUGGCCACAG